GUCGCCCAUUGUAGACUAUGUUCAGUGAAAGGAUUUAUUUUUCUGCAUUCUAACUUAUUUUUGAUCUUCAGAAAAAGUAGGGUUGAAGAGUGCCUGACAUCUUUCAAACGGAAGAAUAAAAAAAAAGUUUUUCAGGAAACAAACGAGAGAGGACAAUUGCGACGUUUUUAUUGUUGGUUAAGUUGUAUAAUAUUUAUUAGUUAUUAGAGAAAGAAUGUAAAAAAAGUGUUUAUGUACAGUUUCAUAGGUGUGUAAAAUGGUUAUCUGCAAGUUCUAUCGGCAAGGUAAUUGCCGUUACGGGCAAUAUUGUCAAUUUGAACAUGUUAAUCAUUUCGGUGGUCCCAAAACAGACUUAUACAAUGAGGAUGAAAUUGCGGUCAUUGUGGCAAAGGAGGUCCUUCUUGCUGAAAGAGGUGGACAAUGGUUAUUGUCAUGUUUUGCGCCGCUCAAGGAACGUCCUAGUAUUCCAGGUAUGGAGGACUUGUCUCCAGAAGAAGUUCGAUGGGAGAUGUACCAGGCUCAAAAAAGUGGCAUGGUUGAGCAAGCAAAACUGCAUUUCCAACAAUUGUGCCAAGAUAUGAAGGCCAAGAGAGACGCGCUGAAAAAUCCUAAUCGAGAGACAGUAACCAUGUUGAAAAAGCUUUUGGGAAGUGGUCAAAAAGGUGAGUUGGACGAAAGUAACGCCACGCAACUGGGAGAUCCUUCAUUCCCUUUUCUUGCAGCUCCUCAGUUGGGUUUAGCCAACAGCACACCGGCUAACAACGUGUUUGGUAAGCAAACAUUCGGCGUGCAAAACAACAAUUCGUUCAGCGGAGGCUUCACUUCCACGGGCAACGCGUCGAUAUUCGGGAGGUCCAACAACAACAAUGCAACGCCCAUGUUCGGCGGCACGCCGACCUUUGGGAACAACCUCGGCUUCAGCACCACGGCGAACACCAGCUCUAUUUUCAGCGGGACUACGAACACGCCGACGUUCGGGGCCGUCGCGUCGCAGACCAAUUCCAUUUUCGGCGGAACGUCCCAGGGCAUAUUCGGCCAACCGACGAGCAACAACGUGUUCGGCGGCACGGGCCAGUUGAGCUCGCAGUCGACCACGUCGGCGUUCGACAGUGGCGGUGCGACGUCCUCCACCUCGUUGUUCAACAACCCGAUGACUUCCCAGGCGAACACUUCUUUGUUCGGCGCGACGCAGACCAGCACCAGCGCCAGCUUGUUCGGCGGCACGUCGAACACCCAGACGAACUCGGUCUUCGGCGCGGCCACGUCUUCCGCCGGGCCGUUCAACGCCAGCUUAUUCAGCCAGCCGAAGACCUUACCCGCCUUCGGCGGAGCGCCAGUUUUCGGAGGAGCAGCGACCAACUACACCGGCAACUCCGGCUCGAUAUUCGGUGCAUCCGCGCAACAACAAACAUUCGGUACUCCCGCGAUAUCGUCGAGCGGAAUCUUCGGCACCGGGUCGGCGGCCACCACGACGCCGGCCUUCGGAGCAUCCGCCGCCGCUGCCAUGACACCGGCCUUCGGCACGCCCGCCGCCGCCGUCGCCGCCACUACGACGCCGGUCUUCGGAGUGUCCACCUCCACGACGACGCCGGCUUUCGGCGCAUCCGUCGCCGCCACGGCGCCCGCUUUCGGCGGGACCACUACGACGCCGGCCUUCGGUCUGACUCAGCAGCAACAACCUGUCGCUAACACUUUCAGCACCACGGUGUCCACCCCGAGCGUCUUCGGCGCGCAGAACACCGGCACCACCAUACCAGUGGGGAACAACGCGCCGUUCGGGGAGCCGGUGAGCAGUCCGUUCGUCACCGCGCCGAGUUCGCAGUUCGGUUCUACCAGCACGACCUCGGCGCCGUUCGCCAGCGCCGGCUUUGGCCUGCCGGCGAACACGAGCGAUACCUUCGGGACCGCCGUCACGUCUUCCAAUCCGUUGUUCGCGAAUGCGGGAGCCACCUUCGCCUCCUCGAACGCGACGAGUGCCGCGUCGUUCCCCGCGCCGAUAUUCGGUAACGCGACGUUCGGCGCGAUUAAUACCACCAUGGCUACCACGGCGACGACAACGGCGACGUCGGCGAUUGUCGCUAACCCAUUCGCGUCCCGGACAACACAGCAGGGCGGCACACCGUUCGGCAACGUCGCGCAAAGUCAGCUUAACGGCAGCCCGUUCGGCAACACGCCGCUCGCCGUUACGGUAACCAGCACUAUCAUCGACGACAGCAUUUACAGCACGGAAGACGCGUUAACCGACGACGAGAAGAGCAUGUUCCUGGCGGAGAAGUUCGUUAUCGGCAAGAUACCGCUGAAACCUCCCACGAAGGAUAUCAAGUGACCUGAUGGGGAUUACGGAUUGUCAGCGAUAGCUGCAGCGAGCGC